CAGCACAGUGUCCUACAAGCCUCAACAGGAAGCAGCACACUCAACACACAGAGCCUGUGCUAUCAUGAAGAUUACUGGAACUUUACUUCUUCAGACCAUCUCCAUUUCCUUCUUCUUUCAUUUAAAGAUGUCCUCAACCAGGACUCAACAAGAUCUUUUCAUCAAAGAAAAAUAAAAAAUACAUCUCUAAAUGAAAAGAACUGAGGAGAGAGACAAACAUGUUCAGACUGCUUCUGGUCCUCUUCAUCAUAAUUGUCCUCAGUGACUCACUUCAAUCGGCACAUAACAAGACCAAAAAAACGAAGAAUGUUUUUCUAAAAACUUUUAGUGGGACAAGAUCUGCAAAUAUUACCUUUAAUAUUAACUCCUCACAAGAAUAUAUCCCACUCCCACAUGAACUUGACAUCUCCAACCAUCACAUACUGAACUACACAGCAGGAACCCUCAGCACCAGGAUCAUCCCGGUGGCUUAUGUGGUCGCUAUUCUAGUCGGAAUCCCUUCGAACUGCCUGGUACUGGCGUGUCUCAGCGGUAAGACCUUAAACCUGUCCAGUGCGACCCUCUACAUAAGCCUUGCUGUUUCAGACCUUCUCCUGUUGGUGUCCCUGACUCUGAAAGUCCACUACCAUCUGAAUGGCAACAGCUGGGUGUUUGGAGAACUUGCCUGCAAGCUGGUUACCGCCUGCUUUUAUGGGAACAUCUACUGUUCCAUCCAUGCCCACAUGUGCAUCAGCAUGCUGCGCUACUUGGCUGUGGUCCACCCGUUCUUGUACAGAGGACUAUCUAAAAGAUCUUGCACCAUCUUGGCGAGCCUGACGGUGUGGGUGGUCUUCGUCACGGCCAUGGCUCCGGAACUCCUCGUCCGUCAGAGUUAUGACCUCACCAAUGUGGGAAUCACCACGUGCCACGAUUUUCUACCUUAUAAAGAUGAACCCUACAACUACUUGAUUCCAUACAGGCUGUGCCUCAUUUGUUUGGGUUUUGUGUUUCCCUUUGCGGUCAUCAUAUUCGCCUAUGGAUCCAUUGUGUACCAGCUAAGCAGGUCUAGCUGCGAUUGGGCGCUUUACAUCAAGGCGUGCACAUUGGUAUUUACCAUAUUUUUACUGUGCUACACUCCAGGUAAUGCCGUCCACUUGAUACACUAUAUAAGACUGUACACAAGCCAGCAGGACGACUUCUAUAUUUACUUCAGCGUGGCUGUAUGUCUCUGCUGCUUUCACAGCUGUCUGGACCCCUUCCUCUCCUACUUCAUAACAAAGACCGCCAAUUCCCGAGUGGAAUUUAUCUCCUUAGCGAGCUUUUCCCCAAGAACUUCAGCUACUGCUUGAACCAAAGGGGUCCUGGGAAGUGGAAUAAUCUGUUAUCUACAAAGGAAUCAUGGGGAACCCCUGGUGCAGCUAGAGCAGAACAAUGGCUUGCGGAUGUUGAUGUUUUUGUUAUACCCAAGUUUGUCUCCUGGAAAAAGUGACUGAAAGAUACUAAAAAACAGAGCAAGUUGUUUGUCUAGUUUCAGAGGCACUUAAACAAAUGACGUAGUAAGAUUACAGUCACAAAAGGUUUUGGGAACAAGUCAAUAGCGUUACAUUACAGCAAUGUUUACAGACAUAUUUACGGAGUUUCACUAUCACUAUCACUAUUUUUCAACAAAAAAAUGCAAAUCCACAUGCUGCACACAUUACAAAAGAAAUAGCUGUAGAAAAAGAGGCUACAGUUACUAGGACUGAACUGUCUGCAUGUGUAAUUUUUAAACAGGGUUCAUACACUUUUUAUCCAAUACAUUUUCCAGACUUUUCCAUGUCUUUGCCUACAAUCUUUAAAACAUUAGUGCAGAUUAGGGGUGUGCCAUAUCGUAUCGUACGUGAUAAUAUCGCCAAAAAAAUUUAAUAUUGUGAACAUUAUUAUACCCUGAAAUAUUGUGCCAUAUCACCCACCCCUAAUUAUCACAUCAAAAUACUACUUUUUUGCCAUUUUUAGCAAAAUAAAAAUUCACAUUGUUCUUAUUUCCCAUUAUAUAUCUACUAGGCACAGAUUAUCUGUCCAGUAUCAUUUAUUUUACUUUAAUCCUGGAUAUAUGGAGAUAUUUGGAGUGCAUUACUAGUAUCAUGACAUUCUGGAUCAUUGAUUCUGUUACAAAUCUAAUAAAAUUAUUCUUUUUUAAAUAGCUCAAUUAGCCAUAAUCAUAUUGAAUGCAAUAAUACAAUUCCAAAUAUUUGUGUUUUGUCAUAUCGCCAAAAGUAUCGUUAUCGUGAAAAUACCAAGAAAAAUCGUGAUAUUAUUUUAGAGCCAUAUCGCCCACCCCUAGUGCAGAUAUAGAAAAUACAACUAAAAAUCCAUCCAUAGUAGCCUAAAAUCAAUUGUAAUUAAAUAAAAAAAAACGUGGCUAGCUAAUGUGUAAUGGAUUUGCAGAAAUAUUAAAUUAUUUUUUUAAACCAAAAUAACUUUUCUCAUUCGCUAAACAGAAAAAGAGAAAAUUUACUGACUUUUCGAAAACUUCCUGGGUAUUUUUAUUUUUCCAAAAUGUAUCCAGAUCUGGAAAUUGCUGUUUCCACAAUCCUGUUUUCCAGUUUUUUCAUUACUGUAAGAAUCUUGUUUAAAAUAAA